UCAGCUCAGGAGAGACAUAAAAAGCAACAAACUCAUUAUUAUUGCAAAGGCUGCGCAAACACAAUAUAUCUGGGUUCAAGACACGAAUGAAGUUCAUUCAUGAAUGAAUGAAGUUUUUUUUUGUUGCUUUUAGCACAUGAUUUUCUUGACCACAAUUUAACUGUUUGUCACUCAACCAAGAUGAAGCGUUCUACAAGCCAGAUGAUUGCAUUAGUGGGAGUUGUACUUUCCCUUGUGCAGUUUACACUGUCUUAUAGUUACAGAAAUUGCAUUGAGGACCCAAACUCAUCCUAUCAAAACUUCAGUUGCACCCGACGCGGGGCGAGGAACAUCUUUAAGGACAUUGUAGUUGACCUUCCCCCCUCUGCCACCACACUAACAAUCUCCUUCAACAAAUUUAAAGACAUACCUGACAACACCUUUGCUCACCUUCCUGACCUCACAACCCUCAGGAUAAACUUCAACCACCAAUUAAGGACCAUUGGCAAGCAGGCCUUUCAUAACCUGGAUCAUCUUAAAAGCCUUAACCUAUCCUGUAACAAUCUGUCACUGCUCAACAGUUUAGUGUUUAAAAAUCUUUCUAGUCUUACUUUCCUCUCUCUGUCCAAUAACACACUAAAGGGGCUUCAAAAAAACCUAUUCUCUCCAGUGACCAAUUUGGACACACUAAUAUUACGGCAAAACCUCUUGUCUAAUUUCUCAGAAGUGGCUGAAUCUGUGACUCCCCUGCAGAAAUUAAAGAAACUUGACCUGUGCUGUAAUAAACUAACGUCUAUAAGGCAUUCUACAGUCACGAGUUUACCCAAGAGCCUCACAGCCCUAUAUCUCUGUAGAAACCAACUAUACACAUUAUCUUGUGCAAAGACAUUCCUUGGAAACAUCAACCUGUUGGAUCUUUCCUAUAAUGAACAUCUCCCUUCUACGGCUUUCAAAAAUGUCGAUCUGAGGCAUAUUAAUUAUCUGCGUUUACGUUCAACUAAUGUCACAAUUCUUUACCUGUUUAAAGUCAGUAAUGUCAGAGCAACUCAAAUAGACUUUUCUGGUAUGGGAUUGAGCAACAAUUCACAGCUGGAGGAAUUCUGUAAGCUGUUAAGAAGUAAGGUCAAACAUGUCAAAAAGAUGAUGCUUGGAAACAAUGGGAUCAGGACUUUGUGGGAAAACACAUUGUCCAGCUGUCCACCAAUUACCGUUACCUUAGACCUUUCCCGUAACUUCCUAAGGAAUAUAAGCUGUCUUCAAUUUCUUAAAGGACAGGAUCAAAUACAGAGCUUCAGUGUUGAACAUAACCAUCUCACUACCCUAGUGUCGUGCAUACAAAUGCUCCCUUCUUUAAAAAAUAUGACAGAAAUAAGCUAUCGAUACAAUCGCAUACUGAAGGUAGAUGACUUUGCUUUUGACCAAACCCCAAAUAUCAAGACUUUAGAGCUCAACAUAAACACAAUUGCCUAUCUUGGCCGUAAGGCUCUAAAGGGGCUGAAAAACCUUAAAACACUUCGUUUGGACAACAACCUCUUAACAGAUCUGUUUAAUGACACAUUUGAAGAUCUGCUUAGCCUACAAACUCUGAAUCUUCGUAACAACCGCAUAGCUGUUAUUUUUUACAGAACCUUCUUUUCCCUGACAAACCUCACAACCUUAGAUCUUGGGGGGAACAAAAUCAGUCACUUUGAGAAGUCGGCCCUAGAAGGACUCAAAAGUCUCAAAAAACUCUACCUGGAUGGCAAUCAUUUAAAUCAGAUAGACAGCACUCAAUUCAGAGUGUUUCAAGACACACUUCAAGUGCUCGACCUACAAAGGAAUCAGAUUAGAUACCUCUCUGAAUAUGUUCGUUCUCCAUUUGUGAACUUAACCAAGCUCCGGGAUCUGAAACUGGAUAGCCAGAUGCCCUAUGGAAUCAACCUGUUACCUCAUGCUUUCUUUCGUGGCCUGAGCUCCCUGACGUCCCUCUACCUUACUAAUAAUCAUAUCACCAACUUUGCAACAGAUGCUUUCGAUGAUCUGACAGGCUUAAAUUUCCUCACGUUGGACAACUCUUGUGCAGGGGUGGUGCAGCUGCAACCAGGCGUCUUCAAAAACCUGCGAAACUUGCGCAAGCUGAUAGCUGAGAAUAUGGGCAUCCAGAACUUUUCCAAAGAGGUUUUUGGGAAUUUGACAUCUUUGCAGAUCUUGCAGCUCAACCAUAACGUGAUGCAGACCUUAGACGUGGAAGUACUGGAGGCCCUCCCAAAGCUGCGAUACCUGGACAUACGUAACAUCCCUUUCAGCUGUACCUGCCCCAACAAUAACCUGCAGAACUGGACCGUACACAAUAAGCAAGUUCAGCUAGUUUACCUCUACAAUCUGACCUGCCCAGGAGAAACAAAUAUCCACUUUGUCAACUUUGACACCAAGGUUUGCUUCAUUGACCUCGGGCAGUAUCUCUUCAUCAGCACGUACAUUGUGAUUAUUCUAACAAUGCUCAUCCCUGUCCUGUACACCAAGCUGUAUUGGAAAAUGAAGUACAGCUACUAUGUGUUCAGGUCCUGGUUUAGCGAAAGCUGGCGCCGACUAAGGGAGGAAGAGGAAGUGUAUGAAUAUGAUGCAUUUAUCUCUUAUAACUCUGCCGAUGAGUCAUGGGUGCUGGAACAUCUGCUGCCGAAUUUGGAGGGGAACGGGUCCAAUUUUAAACUGUGUCUGCAUCACCGUGACUUUGAGCUGGGUCGUUAUAUCGUCGACAACAUUGUCUCUGCUGUGUACGGCAGUCGCAAGACUAUCUGUGUGGUCAGCAAGGACUUCCUUCGCAGUGAGUGGUGCUCACUAGAGAUCCAGCUGGCUAGCUACAGGCUAUUCCAUGACCUUCGAGAUGUCCUCCUCCUGGUAUUCCUCGAGCCCAUCCCUGAAAGACAGCUGUCUGCCUACCACCGCAUGAGAAAGGUCAUGCUGAAGAAAACCUACCUUCAGUGGCCUGAGCCAGACUGCAGCGACCCGGUGCAGGCCCAGGAGCUGUUCUGGAACCAGCUGAGGAGAGCCCUCAGUACUGGGAGUAGCAGGGUUGAGGAACUGGGGGAGAAGGGGAGAGAGGAUAAGGAUGCCACGAAACACAGUGAGAAUUAUGAAGAAAAUGAAACCAUGGAUGAUAAAAGACAUCACUUGCUGGCUUGAUGGAGCACCUGCUUUCGUUCCUUAAGGACUUGAUCAGCACAGUAACAACCUAAAAUGUGACCCUAAGGCAUUAUAGUCACAAUAUUAACCAUUUACAAAGCUUGUAAUCAAUGUAAUUUACUCCCUUGGCAAUGAUAGAAAAAGAUGAUGUAUUUCACUCGUUUUAUUACAGAUG